AUGCUUGAUGCAAUUGAUGAAAAUUAUGAUCCAGUUCUUAUUGAUGGUAUUGUCGAUUUUGAUCCCAAUACAAUGUGUAUCGAACAAGACUCAAAUGAUGUCAUCGAUUCUCUAAAAGGAUGGCUAUUUGAUUGUUUUCCAUCACCAUCAGAAACAGAAUUACCUUACAGUCCAGAUGACUUCUCAGAAGUAUUUUCAUUCGAUAUUCCACUGAAUAGAAAAGAUUGGCUUGUCGAAGAUUCAAUAUCAAAGCGUCAAAGAUCUCCUCGUCUUUUUGAAUUUCUUAUUCUUCUUCUUGGUAAACCGCAAUAUAAAUGUUAUGCAUCAUUCAUAGAUAAAUCCAAAGGUAUAUUUCAAAUUCACGAACCAGAAAAAGUUGCUGAACUAUGGCAAGCAGUUAAAAGUCGACAAUCAAAUCAAAGAAUGACAUACGAUAAAUUCGCAAGAGCUAUUAGAUGGUAUUAUAAAUCAAACAUUAUGCAAAAAACGAAUACUCGUUAUACAUUUCAAUUUUCAUCAAAAACAUUAAAACAUUAUUUCUUAGAUGAAAAUAACAAUACAAAAAUGAGUCUUCUUCAUAAAUGA